AUGUUCCAUUCUCUGCGAUCGGCCUCGUCCCGUUCGGGAGCUCCAAAUUAUUCUUUUUCGGACGAUCUUCUCUCCGCCCGCGCAGCAUCCACCACCACCACCGAGUCACCGACGACCGACGCCGACAAGCUCCGGCCACAGCAACGACCACAGCUCAACCACCCCCUCCCCGACCCGAUUCCUGACGAGCGGCUAGGUUUUGCUUUUUCCUCGACCAAAGCUUCACCCACCCGAGCAAGCCAAAGUCGUCCCCCGUCCGGCACCGGCCCGCCCCCCGAGCCACCCAAGCCCGCCGCCGAGUUCGCCCCCUCCACCAGAGAGUCCGACCCUCCAACCCGCAACGGCGGCGCCAUCCCCGAAAUCCAAGAAGGCACCGCCGCCGACCCUUGGUCGCGCAUCUCCCGCCGCAAGCGCCAAGCCGCCAUGCUCCGCGCCGCCACGCUUCCCCCAACCGCCAGUUCCUCCUCCGGGCCCGGUGGCAUCGGGCUCAAGCGCCGUUUCUGGAAAUCCGUCACGGUGGUAACAAAAGACGACAUGAACGAGAUCCACCUCGACUCGCGCGCGCUGCGCCGUCCCGACACUAAAUCCAUCAUCCGCCUACCUUUAACCAAACCCUCCCUGGCCUCGGCUCUGGCAAUCGAAUGGGACCAGCUCGUCUCUGCCCAACAAGCGACAAAGCAACACAUGAUCCCCCUGACCUCGCUAAUCUGCCGCGCCCUCGACAUCGCCGACGAAGACGCGCAAGGAAAGACUGCCAUCCGCGAUAGCAUAGCCAAGGUCUUGCUGCGCUACCUCGACACCGACUCCCUCCUUUGCUGGGCGCCUGUGCCCCAGCACCCGGAAGAUGGAAGGAACGACGCCGGGUAUACCCUCAGGGAACUACAAGAGGAAGCAUACUCCACCGUCGUCUCCUUCUUGACGACCCGCGUCUGGCCGGGCGUGACCAUCGUCCCUGUGCUCGACGAGACAAGCAUCAUGCCGCGCCAGCAGGAGCCGGGCACGCGUGAGGUGGUGCAGGGGUGGAUGUUGGGUCUUAGCGCGUGGGAGCUGGCGGCGCUGGAGAGGGCGGCGCUUGCGGGCAAGAGUCUUUUGAUGGCGGCGAGGCUGGUGGUGGAGUGGAGCGGGGAUGGCGGAAACGCUGUUGUGCAGACCCCUGAGGAGGAGGCGCUGAACAAAAAGAGGUGGGGAAUCGAGGAGGCGGCGACGGCGGUUUCUUUGGAGGUGGAUUGGCAGACAAACCAGUGGGGAGAGGUCGAGGAUACGCAUGAUGUCGAGAAGGUCGAUUUGAGGAGGCAGCUGGGUAGCGCGGUGUUGUUGUGUGCUGGGCAGGGGGCGACGGAUGUUAGUGCCAACAAGGCGAAGCUAUAG